GUUGUUGCUCUUACCACCGCCACCACAAAGAGUUCUUGCCAUCAAACGAGCCCUUCAGCGAGGAUUUCCACGAGUACACGCACACGCACACACACACAAACACACCUACAGCAACGUUCGGUUUCUCUCUCUCUCUUUCUUCGUACUUAUUUUUUUAUAGGUUUCUCUUUCAGUUGCACCGUCUGUUGAACCCAAAGUAGCUACGUGCCGGUCUCGUCGAAGGCAACGUCGCUCGCUGCGGACCAUCCACAGUUUCUUUAUUCUUCUCAUUUUUUUCUAAACGCUUCUUUUUUCUUCCUUUGUCAUCGCAGUCGAAGUCGUCCAUGUCUGUGAACGUCGUGCACCUUGAGGGCAGUGCCGCCGGCCGGCUCAUCAUUGUUGGCGACAUCCACGGCUGCGCCGACCAGCUGCGACAGCUGCUCGUGAAAACGCACUUUACCAACGACGCCGUCCGUCAACGCCCCGAGCUGCUGACGGCCUCUCCGGGCGAGCGCACCGUGAUUGCUGACGCUGCCAUCAUGAAGAUCCCGUGUGCCCUGCAGCCCAUGUCCUCGCCGCACCACCGUCGGCCCACGCCGACCUCAUCCCCGUUAGAGGGCCUGGGUGGUCCGGCGUUGGGCGACGUCGACUCCCCUGCCUCCCCUGCGUACAGCGAUCACACCGGUCGUGGCACGAACCGCGACGAUGCGGUGCACAGCCGAGAUGAAGAUGUCUGCGUCUUCGUGGGGGACUUGGUGAACAAAGGACCCGACUCCUACGGCGUCGUGCGCGCGCUGCGUGCGAUUGGGGCCAUUGGAGUAGUGGGCAACCACGAUGCGUCGUUGCUGCGACUGGCGCAUAAAAUCCGCACCGGUGCCGAACUCACUCCGAAGGAGUCGGAGAGCCGACUGCUUCCACUCGCCGUGGACUGCCCAGACGACGUCUACGCCUUUUUAAACUCUCUUCCGCACAUCUUGUGUUUCCACGCCUACCGGCUCAUCGUCGUACACGCCGGCGUGGACCCGUCUCUUCCGCUGGAGCAGCAGACCAUCGACGCGGUGACUCGCAUGCGGAACCUGGUCUCCGCGAAGAAGUACACGGCGCAGCUGGUGGACAGCGCAACGGGGGCGCCGCCUUACGUCGCCCUCUCCUUGUCCGAAAGGUUCGCCACCCUCGAGCGGCCCAAGUUCGGGAAGAGCUGGAGUGCGAAGUGGUCGGAGCUCGCGAGUGAGCUGAAUGGCGGCAGCGGCGCUGCGGUGAUGCCGGCGGCGGUGGUGAAGAAGCCGCGUGAGGCCUGGGAGGACGUGGAAGACGACGCGGCCAGCACGAGGAGCGCGGACGAGAGCCGCGGCGGCUCAACCGCUGCUGCUGCGGUGGUGGGGCGCCGCGAAAAGGACAAGAAGGAGAAGUGGCGCAAGCGCAUCUCGACGGUGUACAAGGGCUACACCAUAGCCUACGGCCACGAUGCGAAGCGACGCCUGAAUAUUCAUCCCUACUCCUACGGGCUUGACACCGGCUGCGUGUACGGCGGAGAGCUGACGUGUUUGGUGUGGCCGAACACGUUGGUGUCGGUGCCCGGCCUCAGCAACCCGCCGCCGCAUCACAAAUCGAAUGUGUGA